GUCAGGGCCCAAGCCAUAAGGAUGAGGUUGUUGGAUUAUGCUGCAGUAGCCAUAGUGGCGAGGUUUCGGUAGGAGAUGCGUAAGAACAGUUUAGCCUCCGGAGCAUAAAAUGCUUGGAACACUGCUUCAAGAUGUGUUGAUGCUAUUCAGACCUGCCCACGAGAAUUCAAAAGGCGGAUGUGGAGCGGAGCAGGCGGAGCGGAGGUGCGACGGCAGUUUCAUGGCGAGCCGCCGCCCUCUCCCAGAGAUCUCCGGCGGUUACAUCAUCGUCGCAUCUACAACAUUAACAACAACGCAGGAAGCAUCAUCUACACCAGCGUCUCGUCGAUUUUAUCCUUAUGCUGCGCCCUUCCACCAGCUCUACAAAGACAUUGCCAACGAAGCAUGACCACCUUCAAUCCGAGUUCCCCGUCCACCGCUCCCGAUCGACAUCCCACCCGCCGACCAAACGGUGCGGGUCUCCAUCAUCGACAAGCACAGCAGCCCACUUGAUAAGUGAGUGAAGUACAGCCCAAACCCAAUUGACCACCACUGACCCAAACAUCAAACCG